CUUGCACCACAGCACAGAAACUCAACUACGGUUGAAAAGUUUCAAAUAUUUGUAACCAAUCACUAUACCAAUUCACCAUAAAAGAUCGUCGUCUAUCGUUCAGAAUGCCAGUUGCUUAAUAAACGCGAUCGUGUCCAAGGAGUUAGUCGAUUAUAUAUAUUUUUAUUUUGGUUUUUAAUAAGAGUAAUUUUUCAUUUUCUUGCUACCGAAGAGAAUCGUGGUUAAUAUUUAAUUAUAUGUUCUGCGGAUCUUAAACCAUAAACCAGUGAUUAGCUAGUACAAAUUAAAAAAUGAAGUCAACAAUUAUAUUCCUAACCUUUGCAAUAGGACUAUCUAGUGCUCAAUUGUACUUCCACCAAUUUCAACCACUUCAAUAUCAACCUUCACAACGCCAUAUUAACAUUCAACCAGAUUUGGCACACAAAUCUGUCGUUGAGAAUGCCAUUAGAGAAGCUCAACUUCCACCAGAACUGACGAAUAAUUUUUAUAAGAACCCCCGUGUUGCAGCUGCAUUGGCCAAAGAAUCAUGGCUAACAGAUAAGGAAAUGCCAGUAUUCGAUAGGGAAGCCGAGAAAAUUCCACGAGAUAUGAUUUAUAAAAUUUUCAAAAAUGCCGGCUGGGUUAGGAGACGGUAGAAAAAUAAAAAGUGUGAAUCAUAAAAAUAAAAUUGAAGUCCUAGUUCAUAAAAAUAAUCCGUAUACAUGCAAAAUACAAGUUUGUUAAACAUCCUCAUAAUUUUACUGGAAAAAUGAAACAACCUUACAAAAUUAAAGUGAUAAACAAUUAUUAUUAUCUUGUGGCUAGAAAAUAUUGGAAAAAUCUAGUGAGAACUUAUUUUUUAUUUAUAUGGACGAUAUAAUUAAAAUGAAUUUGUUUUUUAUACAGGUAUUAUUAAAAUAGAUUAAGUAUUAAAUUUACGUUAGAAAUUAUUUUUUUUU